AUGGCCCUCCUGCUGCCUCUGCUCAUGGCCCUGGUGCCACUCAGCUGGGGCCCUGCUGGCUCUCUGGGCUGUGUCCUGCCUCACAACCACGUCCUGGUCAGCAGGAGGAACCUGGAGCUGCUGGGCCAGAUGAGGAGAGUGUCCCCGUUGUCCUGUCUGCGGGACAGAAGAGACUUCGGCUUCCCCUGGGAGGCGGUGGCCGACGGCCAGUUGCAGAAGGCCCCGGCCCUGUCUGCGCUGCACGAGAUGCUCCAGCAGCUCCUGCAGCUCUUGCUGAGAGAGGGCUCGGCGGCCGCCUGGAGCCCGGCCCUCCUGGAGCCGCUGCGCACGGGGCUGCACCGGCAGCUGGAAGACCUGGACUCGUGUUUGGUGCAGCUGAGUGCAGACGAGGGCUCUGCCCCUGGCCUCUGGGGCUCCACCGUGGCCAUGAAGAGGUACUUCCGGGGCAUCGCUCGCUACCUGUGA